UUGGCCACCAAAUCAUAGGUCCUGGCCCAUUGUGCAUAAGUGGGAAAAUGUAUCCUCGGAAGAAAACUGGAAGGACCUGUUUCUCGAUGAGCUAACGGUUCCGGGUAAACUGAGGAGUUUGACGAUUAACAUGUCCUAUUCAGACAAAUUCACUAGGCCCCACCCCAUCACCUCUUUGAUCCUGCGAAUCCUCACGGUUUUCCGCCACGUGGAAAGCCUCACACUUUCUGACCUACCUGACUGGGUUUUGGAAGAAAAUGCCAUCCCACUGCGCAGACUCAAAUCUCUCGCCGUGAUCCGAGCGUUUUAUUAUGAGCGAACCGGGCCGCCGAGUCCGGUAAAAAACGUUGCGAAUUUUUCGCACGUUACCCGGCUCGAGGUCAACCCGCAAAUCGGGGAUAACCCCGAAGGUCAACCUAACCUCCUCGACAUCCUUGCCCCCCAGUUAAAACACCUCUGCAUCUCGUACGUUCCCGCCUUUCCCACAUGGCCGGACCAUCGCAGGGAAGACUUACGCGUCCCGAUCCUCCCAAAGUUAAAAGUUUUAAAGAUCGUAAGGAAAGACGAGGACGAACUGUAUGCAAAAGACGGUAUUUUGAUUCGCGACAUUUCGCUAAAAUUUGCGACGGAGGAGUUAAUCUAUGCUAAACAGUUUCCCGUCCUGGAGAGGUUAAUUGUGCGGAUGGAGUUUCCCGUUACCCCAGAGAUGGGGGACUGGGGAAGGGAAAACUGUUCCCCGGAGGGGGUCAGGGUAUUCAUGUGUAGCACAUUUUUGGCCAAGGGAAUCUCGCCUUGUGAGACGCUGAGAAGUUUGGACAUUUCGUUUCCGAGUGAGCAGGAUUUGCGGUGUGGAUGUCGCGAUGAGGUUAGCGUUUGUACCUGCGAGCAGGCCGAGUUUUAUGAGAAGGUUGCAAGAACCUUUCCGAACGUGGGGUGUGAUCUGGUUGAGAAGAGGAGGAGAAAGGAGAGGGUGAGAAAGUUCGAAAAGUUUGUCGAAUUUGGAAGCAAAUUUGGGUUUUUGAGGGAUCCAAAGGUUCGCGAGAUUAGGACGGAUUUCUAUGAGGAGAUGAAGUUUAAUGUGGAAUAGAUUUGUAAAAUUUUGGAA